CUUUACAAUACAAUUAUAUGUAUAUGUAUACAUACAUAUAAAAAAAUUCUUCAGGAAGCGUUACAUCGAUCAUUUAUUUAUCCGUUGUUAAAGAAAUCCGUUAGUAUGGGAAAGACAGUUGACGUGUCAGGAUUCCCGACUUUAGUAUCUGCGGAUAUGGUCAAAACAUGGCUGGAGAGAUAUACUGGUGUAGCGAGUAUUGAGGCUAUAGAUGUUAAACAAAAAAACGGAGGCUCAAGAGCGUAUGCAAGAGUCCAAUUUAAAAGCAGUGCCAAAGCUGAUCACAUAGUAUACCUGGCUAGUAUUAAGCGAUUAUGGUAUGGUUCGUCUUAUUUGAAGGUUUUUCCAAAGGAUAUGGACCUUGUACAGAAGCCUAGACAGUCUGCACUUGAGUUGGAGGACGUAACUCUUCAUUUUGGUUGCCAGGUGUCGAAGGAAGUUUUGUCAGUGCUCUGUACAAUGAGAAAUGCAUCAGUGAAGUUUGGGUUUGGGUUAAGGAAAAUAUACUUUUAUGUUUCGGAACUUGAUACUAGUUACAAGCUGCAACUCUCAUAUGAGAAUAUCUGGCAAGUUCAGCUUAAUCGUUCACGAGGUGUUUCCACAAGCUUUCUUGUGAUCCAGUUAUUUGGCGCGCCUCGAAUCUAUAAGAAAGUUGAAAACAACGUAUUCAUCUUCUAUGAGGAAAUUCCUGAUGAUCAGUGGGUUAGGACUACUGACUUUACCCCAACUUUCUCGAUUGGGCAAUCUUCUCACUUAUGCUUGGAACUUUCGCAUGAUGUUGACGAUUUGAACUUUGCUCGCUACUUUCCGUAUUUUGAAGAAAGUAAACGUCCAUUCAGAUUGGUGACUGGUCAUAGUUAUUCGCAGAAUCUGGAUUUAGUUCCGAUAGUAGGUCCCACCCGAGGUUAUUAUCUUCCAUAUAAUAUAGUAUUCAAGAUUUGUGCCUUGGUUCAGCAUGGUUGCUUACCGGGACCCGUACUUAAUGAUAGCUUCUUUGAGUUACUGGAUCCUCAAAGAAGAAACAUUGCAUCUAUUGAAUAUGUUCUGGAGAAACUGUAUUAUUUAAAAGAAUGUUGUUAUGAUCCAGUCAGGUGGAUAACUGAGGAAUACAGAAAACAGAACAGGCUAAGAUCCCCUGCAAUCUCAUUAGACGGCGGUCUUGUCUAUGUGAGACGGGCUCAAAUUACACCGUCAAAAGUGUAUUUCUGUGGGCCAGAGAUCAAUGUUUCCAAUAGGGUAUUACGCCAUUAUGCUGAGGAUAUUGAUAAUUUUCUUCGUGUAUCAUUUCUCGACGAGGAACUGGAGAAACUUUAUUCGACAGAUUUAUCCCCACGUGUAAUUGGGGAAAGAAAAACUGCCAUUUAUAGUAGGAUUUUGUCAGUUCUCAGAGAUGGCAUAGUUAUUGGAAAUAAAAAGUUCGAAUUUCUUGCUUUCUCGUCAAGUCAAUUACGAGAUAAUUCCGCUUGGAUGUUUUCUUCAACUGGUAGAGUCAAUGCUUCUACUAUCAGGGAAUGGAUGGGUGACUUCAGUAGCAUUAAAAACGUUGCUAAAUAUGCUGCUAGACUAGGUCAGUCUUUUGGCUCGUCAAAGGAAAGUUUGAGUGUUGCGCGCUAUGAAGUUGAACGGAUUCCGGAUAUAGAAACUGUAAUAUCUGGUACUAAAUAUGUUUUUUCUGAUGGAAUCGGGAAAAUAUCUGCUGAUUUUGCUAGGAGAGUUGCCAAUAAAUGUGGCUAUGAUUUUAUUCCAUCUGCCUUUCAAAUUCGAUACGGUGGGUACAAAGGUGUUGUGGCAGUAGAUCCAACCUCGUCAAUGAAGUUGUCAUUGAGAACGAGCAUGUGUAAGUUUGAAUCGGAUAACACAAAGCUAGAUAUUCUUGCAAUUAGCAAGUAUCAGCCUUGCUAUAUGAAUCGCCAGCUCAUCACGCUUCUUUCUACCCUCGGGGUUCAAGAUCAUGUCUUUGAGAAGAAGCAAAAAGAAGCAGUAGACCUUCUAGAUGCCAUAUUAACGGAGCCAGUGAAGGCAGAAGAGGCAUUAGAUUUAAUGUCACCCGGAGAGAAUACCAAUAUUAUGAAGGAAAUGCUUUUGUGUGGCUAUAAACCUAAUGCUGAACCAUUUCUUUCUAUGAUGCUGCAAGUAUUUCGUGCAACCAAAUUACUUGAAUUGCGCACUAAAACAAGAAUUUUUGUUCCCAAGGGAAGAGCAAUGAUGGGGUGCCUGGAUGAAACCCGGACACUCAAUUAUGGUGAGGUUUUUGUAAAAUAUUCUGGUGCAGCAAGAAGGCCAUUGUGUGAUGAUCACAGCGGAACUGGCUUGAAAAAUAGCAAAAUUGUCGUAGGGAAAGUGGUGGUUGCAAAAAAUCCGUGUUUGCAUCCUGGUGAUGUACGUGUCUUGAAGGCUGUUGAUGUUCCAGCAUUACAUCAUAUGGUAGAUUGUGUUGUUUUUCCUCAAAAAGGACCAAGGCCUCAUCCAAACGAAUGCUCAGGUAGUGAUUUGGAUGGCGAUAUUUACUUUGUUUGCUGGGAUCCUGAUCUAAUUCCACCUAAGCAAAUUGAGCCAAUGGACUAUACCCCAGCACCAAGUACACAACUCGAUCAUAAUGUGACUAUCGAGGAAGUUGAGGAGUAUUUCACAAACUAUAUUGUAAACGACAGUUUAGGAAUCAUAGCAAAUGCCCACACAGUCUUUGCAGACCGUGAACCCCAAAAAGCAAUGGCUGACCGUUGUGUAGAGCUUGCAGUGCUCUUCUCAACUGCUGUUGACUUUCCAAAAACUGGAGUUCCGGCUGAAAUUCCUGCUCACCUUCGUGUUAAGGAGUAUCCAGAUUUCAUGGAAAAACCCGACAAAACAACAUAUGAAUCACGAAAUGUAAUCGGGAAGCUCUUUCGAGAGGUGAAACACAUUGCACCUAACAACAGCCCAGUCAACCCCUUUACACUUGAGGUGGCAAGGGCGACGUAUGAUGUUGACAUGGAAGUGGAGGGCUUUAUGGAUUAUGUUGAUGAAGCGUUUGACUUCAAAGAAGAAUACGAUGACAAACUUGGUAAUUUAAUGGAAUAUUAUGGUAUCAAAACAGAGGCUGAACUUUUAAGUGGCAGCAUUAUGAAAAUGUCUAGAUCCUUUGAUAGAAGAAAUGAUGCUGAAGCGGUUGGGUUAGCUGUGAAGUCGUUAAGGAAGGAAGCCAGGAACUGGUUCAAAAAGGGCAGAGAAGAUAAUGAUGUUGCAGAUGAUGAUGUUCAUGCCAAAGCAUCGGCAUGGUAUCAUGUCACGUAUCAUCCGAGUUAUUGGGGUCAGUACAAUCAGGACAUGAAACGUCAGCACUUUCUAAGUUUCCCAUGGUGCGUUUACGACAAGUUAAUUGAAAUCAAGAAACGCAAAGCGGUUCGAAGGAAUGUUGAUUCUGACUGGUUUCAAAGGAAGUUCAGCAAAGCACUGAAUGUGCUAUGAAUACAUGUUCUUGGAGUUACCACAGUACUUUUGGACUAGGUUUACCAUGUAUAUAUUGUUUAUUGUUGAAUUGUGUUUCUGGAGUUUGGUUUUAAUGUGAAAAUUGUCUUUGUUGAUCA